UCUCUCUCUCUCAUUUUCCACUAUAUAAAGUAGAGUAUACCCCCGUCUUUCUCUCACUCUUUCUACCGGAGUAUUUCUCGGGAAAAAAGGAUAAUCCUUCGGAUUCUUUCUAAAAAGAUUAUUUUUAUCUGCCGGAAGAUUUCUCUUCAAAUUACUCCAGCUACUUUUGGGGAUUUUCGCAAAUCUUGUUUCCUCUACCAUUGGAAGUUUAUUUUCUUAAGGUUUUCUUCAGAUUCUCGGGGUUCCCGUUUGUCUUGUUGAAGAAUGGUGGCGAAGAUGAUGAGGUGGCGACCCUGGCCGCCUCUGGUGUCGAAGAAGUACGAGGCGAGGCUGGUGGUACGGAGGUUGGAGGGGUGGGAUCUGGAGCGGGAGAGUGCAGAUAAGGGAGGUGUUGCUCCCAGAUUGACUGUGGAGAUUAAGUGGAAGGGCCCGAAAUUGGCGCUGAGUUCGUUGCGGAGGGCGACCGUGAAGAGGAACUUUACGAGGGAGGUGGAGGUGGAGGCUGAUACUGCAUCCCAACUAAAUGGAGUCGUUGAAUGGGACGAGGACUUUCAGAGCCUCUGUACUCUCUCCGCGUACAAGGACAAUGUGUUUCAUCCGUGGGAGAUCGCUUUCACCGUCUUCAAUGGAUUGAAUCGAUGUCAAGGGACAAAGAACAAGGUUCCUGUUGUUGGAACGGCUUCAUUGAACCUUUCUGAAUAUGCUGCUGCAGCUGAUCAGAAAGAGUUUGAAUUAAACAUCCCUCUCACACACUCUGGCAAUGCUGUGGAGCCUUCACCUUCACUCUGUAUAUCUCUGAGCUUAUUAGAACUGAGAACUGCUCAAGAAACCACGGAGCCGGUGCAGAGAUUAACAGUGUCUGUUCCAUCGCCUACCCAGUCGGGAGAAAUUGUCUCAACAGAAAAGGAUGAGCUUUCUGCAAUUAAAGCUGGUCUUCGAAAAGUAAAAAUUUUUACAGGGUACGUGUCUGCCAGGAGAGCUAAAAAGGCCUGCCGUGAGGAUGAGGGCAGUGAGGGCAGGUGCUCUGCCAGGAGCGAGGAUGGUGAGUAUAAUUACCCAUUUGACACAGACUCGCUUGAGGAGUUCGAGGAUAGAGAAUCAGAUGAGGGAAAGGAGAGUACCAGCGUUAGGAAGUCUUUUAGUUAUGGCUCUCUGGCAUAUGCUAAUUAUGCUGGAGGAUCAUUUUACUCCAGUAUGAGAAUUAACAAUGAAGAUGAGGAUUGGGUUUACUAUAGCAAUCGCAAAUCUGAUGUUGGGUGCUCCGUCAUUGAGGAUUCAACUACAUCAGUGUCUGAGCCAUCUCUAUUGCAAAGUUCAAAGCGCAGCAUCCUACCGUGGAGGAAGAGGAAGCUGAGCUUCAGGUCUCCUAAAGCGAAAGGAGAACCAUUAUUGAAGAAGGCCUAUGGAGAAGAAGGUGGGGACGACAUCGAUUUUGACCGUAGACAGCUUAGCUCUGAUGAAUCUCUCCCUCUUGGGUGGCACAAGACAGAGGAGGAUUCAUCUGCAAAUCGAUCCUCAGUCUCUGAGUUUGGGGAUGACAAUUUUGCUAUAGGCAGUUGGGAGCAGAAAGAAUUUACUAGUCGUGAUGGACACAUGAAACUUGAGACCCAGGUUUUCUUUGCUUCCAUUGAUCAGCGGAGUGAGCAGGCAGCAGGUGAGAGUGCAUGUACAGCCCUUGUUGCCGUCAUCGCAGACUGGUUUCAGAACAACCACGACCUCAUGCCCAUAAAAUCCCAAUUUGAUAGCCUAAUUAGAGAAGGCUCAUUGGAGUGGAGGAACCUUUGUGAGAAUGAAACCUACAUGGAGCGCUUCCCUGACAAGCACUUUGAUCUUGAAACCGUCCUUCAAGCCAAGAUACGCCCUCUCUCUGUUGUUACUGGGAAGUCCUUUAUUGGGUUUUUCCAUCCAGAGGGGAUGGAUGAGGGAAGAUUUGACUUUCUGCAUGGUGCCAUGUCCUUUGACAACAUCUGGGAUGAGAUUAGCCGCACUGGUUUGGAAUGCCCUGGCAAUGAUGAACCUCAGGUUUAUAUUGUCAGUUGGAAUGACCAUUUUUUCAUCCUCAAGGUUGAGCCUGAAGCUUAUUACAUUAUUGACACGUUGGGGGAGAGGCUAUAUGAGGGAUGCAAUCAAGCCUAUAUCUUGAAAUUUGAUCGCAGCACCGUAAUUUACAAAAUGUCCAAUGUUGCUGAGGAACAAACAGCUAAUGACCAGCAGAUUGCAACAGCGGCAGAACCCAAGAAUCAAAUGGCCAACAUGAAGGAAGACAGUCCUGUAGCUGGGGUGGUAGUAACCAAGCUGGAGGAACCCUUAAAGAUUGAGGAGGAAGGGGAGGUUGUAUGCCGAGGGAAGGAGUCAUGCAAAGAGUACAUUAAGAGCUUCUUGGCUGCUAUUCCAUUAAGGGAGUUGCAAGUGGAUAUAAAGAAAGGUCUAAUGACAUCAACACCUAUUCAUCAUCGGUUACAGAUUGAAUUCCACUACACCCAAUUCUUAAAUCCAGGACCUGAAACUUCAGCAGCCGAAAUGACUGCAGCUACAAUAGAAAAUGUCGAUGAUCCAUUAGCUUUUGCUUCGUAGGAGUUACUGUAAAUUGUAGGAAGUGUGAUUACUCUAACUAGUCUUUCUUUUUCGAUAAUGGGGUGUCUUUUGAUGUGAAUUUGUUUAACAAAGAGGAGCCCAUGUGAUCUUUUUUUUUGAGUGGUAUAUGAGAGAGGGGGUUGUCCCUUCUAAUUUGGACUGGAAAUGGAACAGUCUGUAUGCUUUCAAUUUAUGGAGCUUGCGUUGUGCCUCCCUGUUUCUUUUGGCA